GGCAGGGGCCGCGGUGCCCAGAGGAGGCGCAGAGGCUUGGGCGUCCUCUGGGGGCCCGAGGGACACCCAGCACCUCAUUCGGACCCGCAGGUAAGAGAAAGAAAAAGGAGCAGAAGUAGGAGGAGGAGACCCGCUUCCCCCUGUGCCGGCGCGGCGGACAUGGCCGCGCGCCGCCUGGCGGCGCAGCACGGCUGCCCCGGCGCGGGGGCUGGCGCCUACGUGGUGGCCCUGGCGUGCGACGACGGCGCCAGCGCCCCAGACUGCCUGGUGGCGUCGGUCUCCGAGGACGCGGGCGGCGGUGGACUGCUGGAAGUGCUCGACCUGCCGCAGCUGCGGCCCGCCUGCGCCGUGCGUGGGCCGCACGCGGGCGCGGCGGCGGAGGACCUCUGCUUCCUGCGCGGCUCCCCGCGGUGCCUCGCCUCCUGCGGGGCCGACGGCUCCGCGCUGCUGUGGGACCUGCGCGAGGGCGGCGGCGGCCAGGUGCGCCCUGCGCGGACGCUGCUCGCCGGCGGCGGCGACCCGGCGGCCGCGGUGGCGCUGUGCCCAGACGGCCGCCUGUGCGCCUGCGCGAGCGGCGCGGCCGUGCGGGUGCUGGAGCUGGGCAGCGGGCGCGAGCUCUUCUAG